AUGUCAACAAUCGGCUGGGACUCUGGUCAAAUAUAUGGGUCAAACCUCAACUCUUCGAGAAGUCGUGUAGACUCUCUAGAAGAACUCGAAGAUAAAUUUUCGGAUUUUGUAGAGAACUACAGGGUUGGAGCGGAAUUCAUAUACAGGGAACAACUUCGUCGAAACCUUCAUGUGCAGAAAUAUCACCUUGAAAUCGUUUUGGAAGACCUGAUAAAUUCUCAUUUACAAAAAGGUCUUGAAGAGAAGCUUGUCAAUAGGCCCCGGGAAUUGUUACCUCUGUUUGAAACUGCUGCAAAGAAGGUGGCGAGAAAGAUUCUCUUAGAAGAACGCGAAGAAGAUGAUUCCAAUAGUGAACUACCCAACGAACUACGUAACUUGCAAGUUAUUUUAAGAUGCGAAACAGACGCGACAAUGCAGAUGCGUCACCUUGAUGCACAUCAUAUAUCCAAGCUAGUCAGGAUUCGGGGAAUCAUUAUCUCUGCUUCAUCAUUGUCAGCAAAGGCUACGCAAGUUCAAAUCAAAUGUAAGACUUGUCGACAUACAAAGAUGCUGUCCGUACACAGUGGGUUCUCGGGUAUAACGUUACCGCGUACUUGUGACAGUGAUCGGUCUGAAGCGGGUCCUAAAGAAUGUGGUUUAGAUCCAUUCUUUAUUGUGCAUGACAAAUCAAACUUUGUAGAUCAACAAAUACUGAAAUUGCAGGAGGCGCCAGAUUUAGUACCUGUCGGAGACUUGCCCCGCCAUAUGCUGCUAAGUUGUGACCGUGAUUUAGCUAAUCUGGUCAUACCGGGAACGCGCGUCGCCGUCUUAGGGACUUAUGACAUUUUUCAAAACAAAUCUUCGAAAUCUACCGGAGUCGCCAUCCGUAACCCAUAUAUUCUUGUGGUUGGAAUGCAACUCGAUGCUGAUUCGUAUGGACGCGGAGAGAAAUCCUUUACGCCUGAAGAACAGGAGGAAUUUAUUGCCAUGUCAAAACAGCCACAUUUUUAUGAGAUGUUUGCAAAUAGUAUUGCACCAUCUAUCUAUGGAAAUACGGAUAUUAAGAAGGCCGUAACUUGUCUAUUGUUUGGAGGCAGCAAGAAGGUCCUACCAGAUAAUAUGAGGUUAAGAGGAGACAUUAACGUCUUACUCUUAGGAGAUCCUGGUACUGCCAAGAGUCAGCUUUUAAAGUUUGUCGAAAAGGUUGCACCGGUUGCCGUAUACACCUCAGGAAAGGGCAGUAGUGCUGCCGGUCUAACAGCAUCUGUAAUACGUGAUGCAGGAUCACGUGAAUUCCAUCUUGAGGGGGGGGCAAUGGUGUUAGCCGAUGGCGGCGUAGUAUGUAUAGACGAAUUUGACAAGAUGCGUGAAGAGGACCGAGUUGCUAUUCAUGAAGCAAUGGAACAGCAAACAAUAUCUAUUGCAAAAGCUGGCAUUACUACAGUAUUAAAUUCACGAACUUCAGUACUUGCUGCUGCUAAUCCUAUAUUUGGUCGCUACGAUGAUAUGAAGACGCCGGGUGAGAAUAUCGAUUUUCAAGCUACUAUUUUGUCGAGAUUUGACAUGAUAUUUAUCAUCAAAGACGAACACGAGGAAGAUAGAGAUCGGACAAUAGCAAGACACGUAAUGUUGGUACAUAUGAACCGCGCAAAUCCGCAAUCAGCAGAAGGUGGUGAAAUAGAUAUUGAGAAAAUGAAGAAGUACAUUGCUUACUGUCGAACGAAAUGUGCGCCUCGAUUAAGUGCAGCAGCUGCGGAGAAACUGAGUAGCCAUUUUGUCUCUAUUCGGAGCGAAGUUCGACGUGUUGAGCAAGAUAUGAGAGAGCGCUCAUCGAUUCCAAUCACAAUAAGACAAUUAGAAGCCAUUGUCCGAAUAUCAGAAGCGUUAGCGAAGUUGACGCUGUCACCAAUUGCUACCGAGGAACAUGUUGAUGAGGCAAUACGAUUGUUUAAGCGAUCGACUAUGGAUGCUUUACAAACUGGAGAAGUUGAAGGAUUGACACAGCCACAAGUGAUAUUUGAAGUCCAAAAUGUCACAAGGGACGUUCGCAAUCGUCUUCCUGUUGGAUCAAGUGUGUCAGCCGCCACAUUAUUAAAGGAACUCUCAAAGAACUAUUCCGAUAUAAUUGUAAGACGUGCAUUAGACAUUUUGGUCCGACAAGAGACUCUUCAAUACAAGAAUUCUCGCAAAGUCAUCCAUAGAUCUGGCGUAUGA